CUUUCUUCACCAUGGUUACCCUGACCUCCGUAACUACUGGGUCGACGCAAAAAUUUUGCCAUGAGAGUUCCACGUUCUCAAUAUGGUCGAGAAGGUCUUUUUGGUUGGGAAUUUUGUCGCUGCUUGUUGUGUUAUUGAAGGAGACGUCAGACUCCGGGGACGAAGUGUUGUCGUCGUUGACUGCGCAUAAAAUUCCGCCACUGUCUCAGGAUUCUGAGUAUUUUCCGAGUCGCUGCAUAGAUCCGGAUGAUCGUUCCGAGAUGCCAACGUUGCCUUUUGAAUCAAAGAAUUCCGGGCGUCCUUGUCAGUGCCAAGAUCCGACGCAGGCCGCCCAGCGAGAAGCGACCAUUUGGGACAAGCAUCACGAAACGCUCGUGCAGAUAACGGGACAGAACGGUAGUGUGCUAGCCUUGUCUUCGCCUGAUGUCGUGUUUCUUGGAGACUCUAUUACCGAACGAAUGAUGGGGACCGGCCAUAUGGGAACCCGCGAAUACCCAGCGUCCAAGGCCGUUUUCGAUCGGCACUUCAACAAGGAGGACGGUACACUUGUGUCUCUGCGCGGACUUGCUUUGGGAUCUUCAGGUGACACUAGUCCCGAACUUUUAUGGCAUUUGGAAAAUGGUCUUAUCCCGCCGACAUUACGACCGAAAGUCUGGGUACUGUUAGUAGGAACGAACGAUCUGGGUCGAGCAGGCUGCUCGAAGCGCACUGCCUUGGCAGGUAUCUUGAAUGCCGCACAUCAUUUGAACGCACAACAACCGGAGACGCCUCUGGUUAUUCAUGGACUCUUACCUCGUUCACAGGAUAAGAGCUCGAGCAAACUGGGUCGGUAUUGGGUCCAGAUUCAAUGGAUCAAUAGCGAGUUGAAACGGAUCGUGGCCAGACAGCCGAAUUGGCAUUACAUAGAUUCACAGCACAUAUUCUUACAAGACGAGUUCGAUAUUAAUGCGAAGCUAUUACCGGAUGGUUUGCAUCCCAAUGCGGAGGGCUAUGAUUUAUGGCUGCCGUUAAUUGCGCAUCAAGUUUCGGAAAUUAUACUCCGCAGGGACCCUUCAUAG